AUGUCAGGUGAAGUAGUUCGACCGACUUCUAUAUCACAAUUGCUGCCAAAUAUGAAAAGUGUCAAUCUGACAUUCAUUGUUCUUGAUGUGGGGCAGUCUCGACGUACUCCUCAAGGUCAUGAUGUACGCACAAUCCGCGUGGCUGACCCAACAGGCUCUGUUCUUAUGGGUGUUUGGAAUGAUGUUGGGGACAAAAUUUGCUCUGGCGAUAUAUGGCGACUACGACAUCAUGGCCAUCAGUUGAUCAAGUUGUAA